CAUGGUGAAUCGAACGUGCUACACGUGUUUGAAUGAAGCUAGGCCAGAUCGUAACGUACAGUAACGUAAUAUAACCUCUAAGUACAAGAAAUAUAUUAAUUCUUAAAAAUCUUGGUAAAUUUGACCAGAGAUUACAAGUGCCUGUGAAUGUUAGUCUUGAAGGAUGCCGGUGAUACAAAGGGUCGUUAAACCAAAAACACGGAAAGGAAAAAAGGCACUGCUGAGUAGAGAGCCCAAAAUCAUCGAAGAUGCGAAACAAACUUUGUUCAUUAAGGGGAGCCGUAGUAGCGAGACUCUCAACAGUUGCGUGAAGGAUUUGUACGACUUGAAAAAACCAGAUGCUAGGAUGAUGCAGAAAAAAAACAACAUUCUGCCGUUCGAGGACGUUACACCGUUGGAACAGUUUUCCAGAAAACUGAGCUCCUCUCUCUUUGUCUUUACUUCCCACAAUAAAAAGCAUCCCAAUAGUCUCAUAGUUGGUAGAAUGUUUGACAACAGUUUACUUGACAUGGUUGAGUUCGGGGUCCAGGAAUACGAAGGUCUUGCAAAGUUUAAAGUAGAUAAAGUUUCCAUGGGGAUUAAACCGAUCCUCAUCUUCAACGGCGAACUGUUUGAGCACAAUCGGGACUAUUCUAGGAUCAAGAGUCUUUUAGUAGAUUUAUUCCAGCGUGAUAAUGUUGAGAAUAUCAGAUUGCAGGGGCUUGAACAUACACUCAGUUUCACCGCUAUAGAUAAUAAAAUACAAGUACGGAGUUACAGAAUACUUUUGAAGAAAUCUGGAAGCAGGAUACCCAGGAUCGAGUUAGAGGAGAUUGGUCCACGUAUGGAGUUAAUUGUAAGACGCACAAAAUUGGCUUCUGAUGACCUGUACAAGCAGGCAUGCAAGAAACCCAAGGAACUCAAGGUCAAAAAGAAAAAGAAUAUUUCUAAGGACACUUUGGGCACAAUGCACGGAAAGAUUCAUAUGGGCAAACAGAGGAUACAGUCAAUACAGACAAGGAAAAUGAAGGGUCUUAAGAAAACGAUGGGCGAAAGGAAGGCUGAGCGGAAAAGGAGGUCAAACCAAGAGGAUGGAAUGGAAGCAAAAAGAAGUAGAACCGACGGUGAUGCCGUCGAGGGAUAAUAGAUGCAAAAUUCGACACAUACUUGAUUACUUGUGUUAAUUUCAGUGAUUUAAUACUGAUCAAUACUUGACAAUUCAUGAAUACAUCUUAUAUGUACUGGUAUAUAAGGAGGGCCAGUAAGAAAAUAGAGCGUAAUUAUUUUUAAAAUUA